AUGGCGGAUCGCUAUGUCGCAGUUCACGCCAAUCCUUGCGGUCCAGGAGACAACCGCCCAGACGCAGACCAAAUCAUUCGCGAUGAGGGCCUGAUUGACAAACUGUUCAAUCGAACAGCGUUCGUCACAGGGUGCUCCGCUGGUAUUGGCAUCGACACAGCAAAGGCUCUCUUUCUCACUGGCGCUUCGCUUUACCUGACCGCCCGCGACAUCUCGAAGGCCAAGGCUGCUCUGGGUGACACCCUUGUCUCCAGUCCGCGUGUUCACCUUUUGGAACUCGAUCUUGCUUCAUUUGCCAGUGUACGCAAAUUUGCUGAGGCCUUUUUGUCUCUCAAAGUGCCGCUCAACAUCCUCAUAUGUAAUGCGGGAGUCAUGACCCCUCCAGAAGGCCGAACGCAGGAUGGCUUUGAGACACAGUUCGGUACCAAUCAUCUGGCUCAUUUUCUUCUUUUUGAACUGCUUCAUCCUGCAUUGCUUGCAGGGGUUACACAGGAGUUUGCUUCUCGAGUUGUCAUCCUGGCUUCAAUUGCUCAUCGCUUCGGAGAAGUUCGUUUCGACAACAUCAAUUUUGAUGGCCACUAUGAUGCCAUGGCUGCGUAUGCUCAGAGCAAGACAGCGAACCUUUGGACUGCGAAUGAGAUCGAGCGCCGUUAUGGCGCACAAGGGAUACACGCGUGGAGCGUGCAACCCGGCGCCGUCCUCACGGAUCUGACAAGACAUAUGUCUGAUGAACAGCAACAGGUUCUGAAGCAAGACGAUUACUUAUCCAAAAUCUACAAAACACCGUCUCAAGGUGCCUCCACCUCGGUUUGGGCUGCGACUGCUGCGGCAUUGGAAGGGAAAGGCGGGCGAUACCUUGAGGACUGCCAGAUAAUCGGUGCAUGGGAACAAUCAAAAGGACUGUACAGUCCGGGAUAUGGCGAGCAUGCGUACAGUGUGUCGAAAGCUAGCUUGCUUUGGGAAAAGUCGAACGAGUGGGUGAGAUAG